AUGUCUGUACCCUAUGGCAACUUCCUCGACUCUGUAGACAAGUUCGACAACCAGCUCUUCAGCAUGAGCCCAAAAGAGAGUAUCCAGCUCGAUCCCCAGCAUCGACUGGCCCUCAUGUGCUGCUACGAGGCCAUGGAGGAUGCUGGCUUCGUCCCGGAACAAAUGUCAAGCUACCUGACCACUCGUGUUGGGUGUUUCAUCGGAGCCUCUAGUGAUGACUACCGAGAGAAUGCUUCGAGCGGGAUCGGCGCCUACUUCAUCACAGGCAACAUUCGAGCAUUUAUUCCUGGUCACGUCUCCUUCUCCUGGAACCUCGAGGGCCCCUCCAACAGCAUCGACACUGCGUGCUCCUCCAGCCUUGUCGCAAUUGAAUCGGCAUGUGACGCGCUCCUCAACAAGCAGUGCGACGCCGCUCUCGCCGGAGGAGUAACCAUCUUGACCCAGCCUCAGAUGUUCAUGGGCUACGAGCGAGCCGGAAUGCUCUCGCCUUCUGGACAGAGUCGUACUUUUGACGAUAGUGUCAAUGGCAUCUGCCGAGGUGACGGCGUCGGUGUCGUCAUGCUAAAGCGCCUUUCCACCGCCGUUGCCGAGGGUGACAACAUUCUGGGCGUCAUUCGCGGAUGCCAAUCGAACUUCUCAUCUCUUGAUGAUAAAACCCGCCUUGCAGCCCCCUCCCAACAGAUGCUUGAGAAUCUCUUUCGCCAGAGCUGCAAAUUGGCAAAAGUGAAUCCUCUCGAUGUCACCUACAUCGAUGCGCACGGAGCAGGC